AAAUUGUAACCAGCAAGUACCAGUCCGUUUUAAAGUCAAUUUUUGCUUCUGUUUACCAAAGGCGUGUAACAGUCAAUUACUGAGUGAUGCAGAAGACGAUGACGAAGUUGAUAGAACUACAAAGAACUGGUUUCUCAAUGCAAAACGUAGUUAA